GGAAAGUGGCCGCGGGAACUAUAUUCUCCAAUAAGUGACAUUGCCACCCGGCUUCCGCUAAGCGCUGUAGUUGUUGCUGUGAUAUAGCGGAAGUGUACAGGCUGUAGGCUGGGUGUACUGCUGUCACUGACAGUUACUUGCAACUCCCCGUGCGCCGGACACAGGUACCCAGGUGACUAUGCGGCAGCCGCUGCUGGGAGGAGGUAACCUACCCAUUUGCUAAAUUGAGAAUUUCUCUGUAACUGAUGAGCUUAAUCAUGCCUGUGAAUCAGGUUCUUCAGCCGGUUUUAAAAUUGAAAGUAGAUGAACUAUUUCUCUAUUGGUUGAGUGAAACACCAACACAAUUGCUGCUAAAGGACUAUCUAAGAAGAAUAAAGAAAGGAGAAAAUGUUCUGCCUGAGACCGCCGAAGAUGAGGGAGACCUUUCAGUGUCAAGUAGUAAAAUGCAGUCUGCACAUAAGAUGGUGGAUAACUUCUCUUUAUCACCAGUGACUCCUUGUAGUCCACCAUCUCGCUCACCAUCUGCUCUCCCCAUUGGUGCAUGUGGCAGCCCAAGAAGCGGAUCUACUCCUAGAACACGCAGAUCCACUAGGUCGAGAUUGGUACAGCCAAAGAGAGAGGAACCGCGGACUCCUACCUUAAGCCAGAACAUUCCAAAAUUCUAUUUUCCUAAAGGGUGCCCAAAAGAAAAUAUUAAUGUGGAUAGUAUUAUUUCAAAGAUUGAGAACACUUUUGCUGUACUUCCGAAUGAGAAGGCAACACUUGAUGAUAUGGGGAAAGUAGCUAAGGCUUGUGAUUGUCCUCUUUACUGGAAAGCACCAUUGUUCCAUGCAGCUGGUGGAGACAGGACUGGACAUGUGUCUGUUCACAAGUUUGUGGCUAUGUGGAGAAAGAUCUUGCAGACCUGUCAUGAUGAUGCUGCAAAGUUCAUGCAGCUCUUGGCCAGACCAGGCUGUAGCUAUUUGGAGCAGGAGGACUUCAUUCCAUUUUUACAAGAUGUUGUGAACACUCAUCCACAUCUAACUUUUUUGCGAGAAGCCUCAGAAUUCCAUUCCCGCUACAUCACCACAGUGGUUCAGAGGAUAUUUUACAAUGUGAACCGAUCAUGGUCUGGGCGAAUCACAUGUCCGGAGCUCAGGAAGAGCAACUUACUGCAGCACGUGGCCUUGCUGGAGGAGGAAGACAUCAACCAGUCAACAGAUUAUUUUUCUUAUGAACACUUUUAUGUAAUUUACUGUAAAUUCUGGGAGCUCGACAGUGACCAUGACUUGUACAUAGAUGAGCAAGACUUAUCCAAGCACAAUGACCAUGCCAUAUCGAGUAGAAUUAUUGAAAGAAUCUUCUCAGGAGCUGUAACACGAGGACAAAAAGCACAGAAGAAGGGGAAGAUUAGCUAUGCAGACUUCGUAUGGUUUCUCUUGUCUGAAGAGGACAAGAAAACACAGACAAGUAUUGCAUAUUGGUUUCGCUGCAUGGACCUUGAUGGAGAUGGCGUGUUAUCAAUGUAUGAGCUGGAGUAUUUCUAUGAGGAACAGUGCCAGAAGAUGGAAAGCAUGGCCAUUGAGCCAUUACCUUUUGAGGACUGUCUUUGUCAGAUGUUGGAUCUUGUCAAACCACAAUGUGAAGGUAAAAUUACUCUUCAUGACCUGAAGAAAUGCAAGCAGGCAAAUCUGUUUUUUGACACUUUCCUAAAUCUAGACAAGUACUUGGACCAUGAACAGAAAGAUCCAUUCUCUAUAUUGCGUGUUAGUGAAAACGAAGGACAAGAACUUUCAGACUGGGAAAAAUAUGCUGCAGAAGAAUAUGCCAUUUUAGUAGCUGAAGAGGCUGCGACAGAACAGUGGAAUGAUGGGUAUGAGGCAGAAUUAAAUGCCUUGGAGGCAGACAUAUCCAAUGAUAAGUAUGGAAUGGAUAAGAGACUCUGCUUGGACAUGGCUUCUGAACAGUCACAAGUAGACCUUGAAGAAUAUGACUAUGAAGAAGACUUUGAAUAAAUAUUCGGUGAUGGAGGGACAUUCUGCAGCUGGUCUGCCACAUGCCCUUUGUACAUUAGCUGUGGACAGCACUUUAUUCAUGUUAUACAGAAUUACUGCAAGGUUCAAUGACUAUCAAAACCAAUGUGUUUUUAUUUAUUGCUAAACAAUAUUUAAUUAAUUUAAUUUUAUCACUUUGCUUUGCUGUGCUAAAUGCUUUGGUAGAUGAGUCCUGCAUUUCAGUAAUGUGAACUCAUCAAUAUUUUACAUGUUAUCAGCCAUGUUUGUUCCUAAUGAUAUCUGUGUUGUAAACAGAUGGCAAGUUCAGUGAUUGUCAAUGCUAGUGAAAGGCCAAUUACAAAGAACAUUUAAAAAAAAAUAGAGACAUGUUAAAGAGAACCCUACUACUUGGCAAACUUUAUAUUUUAUAAUCUAAUCUCCUUUUAUACAAAGUGAUCUAAAAGGUAUCUUAAUCUGGUGUAAAGCUUCGAGCAGACCAAGGCAAUAUGUCUAUCCAAUUUAACUGAAACUUGUAUGGAAGAACAAAUACUGUAGAUCAGUGGCUGAGGGAACUCUGGUUUUACACUACUGUACUAAAGCAAUAGCUCUCCUGACCCCCUGUUGCGGAAUAUUGUGGUAGCAUAUGCUGGCCCUAUGUAUGAGCAUUGUGCUAUGGGUGCAUAUACUGUAGAAACCAUUUGUUUCAAUGUUGUUCUUGUCACAUUCCAUUUAUUACACGUCCCAAUAAUGACUAGCCUUACUCUCUACGUGUUUUCUCCUUCAGAAAAAAAAGUGAACAAUAUUUGUUAUGAGUGCCUUUAAAUGUGUAUAUAUGUACAUUUGUGGAAUGAUUUCCCCCCCCCCCCCAAUAUCUUAUAAUAUUAAAUUGCAGUGUAGAAACCUUUAUAGAAUUUAUAUAUUGUAUUUUGAAAUAAACUAUAUUUUGCACACAAA